AUGCUGCUCAAGCUCAGCGUGAUCAUCGCAUCAUAUCUCACGAUUGUGGUGUUGCUCCUGGCCAUCAGAAUCGAUGAUGCGGCCCACAGCCCAUUCCUCAACUUCCUCUGGAUUUCCGCUCUGAUAUCCAGUGUCUGUCUCUCAUUUCCCUUCUUUGCAUGGACUCUGGAACAAUUUUUGCUCGAAGCAUCGCCCGAGUCUGGUAUCGAUCUUGAAAGUCAAUCCAGACGAGACGCGAAUCUACGCUUUAUCAACUGGUCGGUGGUCUCUCGGUCUCGUCGCUCCUCUUCUUUCGUCUCUUUUCCACCCAUCGACCGGGCCUUGUUCGAAGUGAGUCUCUACGAGCCUGCGUCUUUCAUGGUUGCAAAAGUCUACGAUGACCAUCCAGUUCCCACUGUGGAUUUAGGUGCGUCCAUGUCAUCGGGAUCCACACUGGCGGGAGCUCGAACUGAGUCCUAA